UCAUAUUUACAAAAAUGCCCUUCCUCAUCUCCUCUUUCUCUACAAAACCCUAAAAUCGUGGCCUCCACUCCCCCAGCCGCGGUUCCUUCUUAUCAAUCGAAAACCAGUCUGAAAGAAGAUUCAGUAGCUAACAAUGGCUCCUCCAUCUAAAGUUGCUACAAAGAAGGCCGACCCAAAGGUACAGGCUUUGAAAUCUGCCAAGGCAGUCAAAGCUGGAGCAUCAACGUUAAAGAAGAAGAUUAAGAAGAUCCGUACAUCAGUCACCUUUCACAGGCCAAAGACAUUGAAGACAGCGAGGAAACCCAAGUACCCUCGUAUCAGUGCACCACCAAGGAACAAGCUUGACCAUUACCAGAUUUUGAAAUACCCACUCACAACUGAAUCAGCAAUGAAGAAGAUUGAAGACAACAACACCCUGGUGUUCAUUGUUGAUAUCCGUGCUGAUAAGAAGAAAAUUAAGGCUGCAGUCAAGAAGAUGUACGAUAUCCAGACUAAGAAAGUGAACACCCUUAUCAGGCCUGAUGGAACGAAGAAGGCUUACGUGAGAUUAACUCCAGAUUAUGAUGCUUUGGACGUUGCAAACAAGAUUGGUAUUAUAUAGAUUGUAGCUGUGUUAUAAGCAGUUUUGGCAGUAAACUUUCAAUAGAUAUUAGACUCGGUGAUGUUUAAAUUUAUGCAGGGUAAAUUUGGUUCUGUUUAAUCUCAGUAGCUAUCGCCUUGGUUCUGUUUAAUUUUUAUACUCAAGGCCUUGUUAUUAUGCUUUAAUGAGAUAAUGGUGUCUAGUAAAAGAUAACUUAUGGUAAUUGGAUGUUCGAACGUCUUUUAAUUGAACAAUUCUUCUCUAGUUACUUAUA